ACACUGAAAGACUUGGAGAGAUCUGCAAAAAGUGGAAAAACUAUCAAUGAAGAUGACAUUCCUCCUUCUGUUGCCACUGGCAGCCAGAAACCCACUGCAACACCACCUGUUGCCAUGGAAGUGGAUGAACCUCCCAAAGUGGCUGUUACUCAGCAGGAACCAGUGGAAAUUGAACCUGUAAAACCAGUAGUGCCUGUGAAACCAGUAGAACCUGUCGUUGUUAAAGAUGAAGAAUACUAUGCAAGAUUUAAACUAUUGAGUGAACGGAAAGAUCAAUACAAGAUGGCUGCCUUGGUAGCUAAAAAGCAAAAUGACAUCCAGACUGCAUCCGCACAUUAUAAGAUUGCAAAGCAAUUUGAACUUGUAAUAGAAGCAAUGGAACAAGGCAAACCUAUUGAUCUGAGUAAUAUACCACCACCACCUCCUUCACAGAAAGGUACUCAGCCAGAAAUCCCUCCUCCAAGUCAACAAAUGGAAUCAUAUGAAAUGGACGAUUCACCUCCUCAGUCACUUGGUGUUCCUUCGCCACCAAAGACCCCUUUAGAAGCGUUACAACAAAGGCUUGACAAAUACAAAGCUGGAGUUGAAAGUGCUAAAAAAGAAGACAAUUCUAGUAAAGCCAGAAGAAUGGGGAGAAUAGUUAAGCAAUUUGAAGAUGCUAUCAAAAAGAAAAACUAGGAGAACCAGUAAAUUAUGAAGAACUUCCGUGCCCUCCAGGGUUUCCACCUAUACCUGGUACAAGUGAAGCUAACCAGGCUGCAGCCAGUCUACCUGUUGCUGGUCCCAGUGCUACUCCCAGUGCCAGUGCUGCUGUACCAGCAGUGGCUACAUCACCCCCAAUGGAUAACAUAAUAAUGAAGGCAGCACCUACAAGACAAGCAUCAC